CUCUCAGGGAGCGGUGGCGGUUGAUUCAACAUGGCGGCAGGAGCAACAAGAGGUGGAAGUUCGGGGAUAUUUUGGAUGAAUGACGUGCCAGAUGACGAGCAUCCAUUUGCUUUUGUUCCCGGACUGGAUGGAGAAGUGAUCCCUCGAAACCCCUUCAACCUGGGACCAGACAGCACCGGCUCAUUCAGUAGAGGGGCCACAAAGAUGCGGGUUGCAGCCAGACGUAGCUCUGGUUCUAAGAGGGGUGGCAAAAUACAGGGCUACUUACAAAGCGAUCGCUCUGGGGCUUAUACUAAGGAAAAAGUGUCAGUCCAACAAAGUGCUGGCCUGUCAACAGAGCACACACCUUCCCUGGCAUCUGAUGCUUCUCUCCCCCCACCACAGGUUAUUUCUGCGCCCAGCAGAGGAAGCGGCCAGGUCUGCCUGAAGGACCUCUGUUCUGAAGAUAAGCGUCGAAUUGCAAACCUCAUUGAAGAACUAGCCAGAGUGAGCGAGGAGAAAGAAGAGUCAGUGAAGCGUCUGAAAGAUGAGCAGGGACAUUUUGAACAGAAAAUCCAACAACUGGAGCAACAUAAUGUGGUCAUUGCAGAGGAGAGGGAGAGCCUGCAGCAUCAGUACAGAGAGUGCCAGGAGCUGCUUGGUCUCUAUCAGACAUACCUUUCUCAGCAACAGGCGAAGCUCAAUGAGUCGAUCGCCCAGCUCAGCCAGGCACCAGCCCACAACAAGGUGCUCAGCAGUGAUGCAGCCACCAGCAAAGCUAAUGGCUCCCUCUUUGAUGGCUCCUACCUCGGCCUCGCUGCUGCCCGAGCACAACAGCCUCAAGAGCACAGGAGUGGGAAUAGAGGUAGAGGAGAGGCACAGACAUCGAGCAACCCUGCCUCCCUUUCCAGUGCGAGUGAGCGGAGUCCAAAUGACGGGCCAAUAAAUAUGCACAGGAUUCACAAAAAGGAGUGCAGGCUGCCACACAUGGAGUCCUGCUACAGAUGUGAGCGCUGCCAAGCCAGUGGUCAAGACAGUGGCUACAGAACACAGCAACGGAGAAAUGAUAAUAGCUCUCGUCUAGAGAAUGGGCAACAUGACGCCUUGAAUCCACAUGAUUGUGAAAGGCUCCAUAGUGGGACUGCUAUGGGCUCAGAGACCAAAGAAGCCCUGACCAGGCCUCUGCUGGGUCAUGAGGACUGGGAGGAAAAGAGGCACCAGCUGCUGCUGCAGAAAAUGCAGUUGGAGAUGGAGAGAGAGAAGCUACAGGCACGGCUGGAGGAGCAGGAAGAGAGGCUCAACAGACAGAAUCAGCAGCUCCAGCAGUCGCGUCUCGAUUACAGCCGGUUUCAACAAGCUGCUCAAGCUGAGCUCAGCAGCUCAGAGCCUUGGACUGGAGAUCCUCAGCUGGAGGGCCCCUCCUGCCAAGAUUUACCCUCCAGUGUGCGUGGGGAUGCAGAGGUACAUCAUGCCGAACAGAACCUGCAUGGAAAAUGCUCACAACCGGCACCUGCUCCUGUAGUUAACGGUUUGCAGACACAUGAGCCCCCAGAGUCGUCCAGAAGGGACAUGGCCACUACAAAGUCCCCUGCAAGCCUGAGCAAGCCCACAUCAGUCUCUGCCCUCCAUACGAACCCUGAGGCCAGGUUAGAUUUUUCUCUGGUUGAGUUAUUGGAUAUCAUAAGUCCAGUCUCUGCCCCUGAGCCCAACAAGCUGUCCAAUCGAAGGACCAAAAUGACACAACAUAGGCCGACCCCUGCUACCCCCAAACCAAUGGGCAGAACCCUGCUUACCCCUGCUACACCUCAUCCUCAAAGCACCCAGCAGGACCUGGAGGAAAGCCAAAUACUGGAGGAUAUUUUCUUCAUUUACUGACAAAGAAGAAAAUGAGAAGCACGACGGACAUGAUUCCAGUCACUUGACAUUUGCCUGUUUGGUAUUAACGUUUGAAACUGUCUUUUACGCUUCCAAUCACAUUCAAAAUCAGAAUGUACAAGAUUGAGCUUGUGUUAUGUUUUAAUUUUGAAUAAAAAUAACAAUAUU